AUGACUACUGAAUACAACAUGUGGCCUCAGAAGAAAAAUCUGAGUCGAAUAUUUUUAGCCUGGAAACCAGCUUUGAUGUUGCAGACACCUGAAUUAGCAAGGAGGAUACUUGUUAAAGACUUUGAAUAUUUCCCAGAUCGAUAUUUGUAUUCGGGAUCAUCCGAUCCAUUGGGUUCGUUGAACUUGUUUACAGUAAAGAACCCACUUUGGUCAGCGAUGCGACAUGAACUUUCACCUAUGUUUACUGCGUCCCGGCUAAAAGUGAUUACAGAACUAAUGAAUAUGAAUGCCAAGGAACUGGUGUUAAAAAUCCGUCGUGAUUAUAUUAACAACAAUAAGCAUGUUAACUUAAAGGAAUUAUUUUCAAUGUAUACUUCCGACACAGUGGCAUACAGUGUUUUUGGUAUAAGGGUCAGUGUCCUGAAAGAUCAGGAUUCACCAUUGUGGUAUAUAACUAAUCAUAUGGUCAAAUUUACUUUCUGGCGUGGUUUUGAAUUUACCUUGAUAUUUUUUGUUCCUGCUCUUGCUUCUCUAUUAAGGUUAAAAUUUUUCUCUCGGGUCGCCACUGAUUACAUCACGAAAAUAUUUUGGAGCGUCGCUAAAGGACGUGAAAAAAAUCAAACGUCUAAUUACAAAGAUCUCAUUGAGCAUCUGCUUAAAUUAAAAGAAAAUUUAAAAUUACCAGCUGAAUCGGGUUCGGAAUUGGCUGAUAAUUUAAUGCUGGCUCAAGCAGCUGUAUUUAUUUUGGGCUCAAUUGAAACGUCAUCAACUGUUCUGAGUUUCUGUCUUCAUGAACUUGCACAUCAUCCGAAAGAGCAAGAGAAGCUCCACAACGAAGUCAUUACAGCAAUGCAAAGAUCUGGAAAGGACGUUUUAAAUUAUGACGAAUUAAUAGAAUUGAAAUAUCUUUCGUCGUGUAUUGCCGAAACCAUGCGCAAGUAUCCACCGGUUUCAUUUUUGGACAGGAUUUGCAAUAAAACUUACAAAUUAAAUGACGAAGUUACAAUUGAAAAAGGAACGCCUGUGUUCAUAAAUGUCUUAGCCAUUCAUUAUGAUGACAAAAUCUAUCCAGAACCUGAACAAUGGCGUCCAGAGAGAAUGAAAUGUUCGGGUGACAGUGAUAACCUUAAUUUCACUUAUUUGCCAUUUGGCGAAGGACCUCGGUUUUGUAUAGGUAAACGCUACGGUAUGAUGCAAGUUCGCUCCGCUCUAGCUCAGAUAAUAGCUGCAUACGAAAUAAAGCCCGCUAAUAUACCUUAUAAAGUUGAAACAGAUCCUUACAGUGUUAUAAUGGCACCCAAAGAUGGUUUAAGCGUAAAGUUCGUGGCUAGAUAA